UCCACCUAGUGCGAGCUCAAACACAAGAAGAGCUCCUGCAGGUGAAAACAUGAACCUGUAAGCGCCAUCAGUGCGAGAAAGCAACUGGAUUAUCAGAAACUUCAUUUCUGAGAAUUGUUCUUUUUUAUUGUUAUGAAAGUGUGAAAAUACAUAUAUUGUGAUGCGCGUUAAUGAGCACCUUCUACUGAAACCUCGUCGAUGUUGGACUCCACUAAACUUUAAAGGAUUUUUCAGCCAAACCGUCUCUUCUGGAGAAUCAAUAAAUCAAGAAAACUAAGUGCAGAAGGUCUUCAAGAUUUUAUUUUCACGACGAAGCUGAAGAUGAACAUCCAAAUCCAAAACAGCAGUGAUUUAGACAGACCUGAAGGCAACAUAGACUUAGAGGCACCUGAAAAAACCUUAUUUGGCAUCGGCACCGACAACUUCGUCACGCUUCUUAUCUUUGGACUCAUUUUCACUCUAGGGGUCCUUGGAAACUCUCUGGUUAUCACUGUUCUGGCUCAGCGCAAACCUGGACAGCAACGAAGUACCACCAACAUCUUCAUCCUCAACCUCAGCGUGGCAGAUCUGUCCUAUCUGCUCUUCUGCAUCCCUUUUCAGUCAACAGUUUACAUGCUGCCCACAUGGAUCCUGGGUGCCUUUAUUUGCAAGUUCAUCCACUACUUUUUCACCGUGUCUAUGUUGGUGAGCAUCUUCACUUUAUCAGCCAUGUCGGUGGACAGGUAUAUCGCCAUAGUGCACUGCAGAAAGUCCUCAUCCAUUCGAGUUGCGAGGCACGCAUUGAUCGGGGUGCUGGUCAUAUGGGUGCUCUCUUUCGCCAUGGCCACACCGGUCGCCUACUACCAAGGUAUCGUGGAAAGUGAGGACAACAGCACGUUUUGCUGGGAAGUGUGGCCAGAUCACAGCAAGAGGAAAAUCUACGUGGUGUGCACUUUUAUCUUUGGAUACGUGCUGCCGUUGAUUCUGAUAUCGUUCUGUUAUGCCAAGGUCCUGAAUCAUUUGCAUAAAAAGUUAAGAAAUGUGUCCAAAAAGUCUGAGGCGUCAAAAAAGAAGACUGCUCAGACUGUUCUGGUGGUUGUAGUGGUCUUCUGCCUCUCCUGGCUGCCUCAUCACGUGGUGCACCUGUGGGUCGAGUUUGGCUCCUUCCCCCUGAACCAGGCGUCCUUCGUGCUCCGUGUGGCGGCUCAUUGUCUGGCCUACAGCAACUCGUCUGUUAAUCCAGUUAUUUAUGCGUUCCUCUCGGAGAACUUCAGGCAGGCGUACAAGCAGGUGUUCCGUUGUCAGGUGGCUUCUGAGUGCCCUACAAAUGAGGCCAGAGAGAUGAAGAGCAAGACAGAAGCAGCACCAUCCACCAACUGCACCACUGUGUAAUUCCUGCAGCUGUUACCUUCAUCAUAAUGUAUGAUGGCUUACAAAUGCUUACAAAUGAGUUGAGUUUUUAAGCCCGGGAGAAGAAGCUAGUUAGAUAUUGAUUUAAACUGACAGGUAUUUAACAUGGUUAGAUAUUUGAAUCAGUUAUAUGCUUGGAUGGUUGCCUUUUGAAGGGCUUUCAACAUGAUAAAAAAGCAUUUGCUGUGUGCUUACUCAUCAUGAUGCAUUUCCUUAGAGCGCAAUCGAGACCUUACUUAGCACUUGCUGUGAAGCCGUAGUGAUGUAUGGCCUGUAAAUAUGUGCAAUCACAAAAAAAAAAAAAAAAAAAAGAUGAGGGGUAAAGAUGGGGAGUGCAUGGGAUAUGGUUUUUCUUUCCUUCAGGGAAAAUCAUCUGAAAUGUAAUCAAUGUUAUCUUGAUCCAUGUUAUAGACUUUCAAAGUCUAAAUGCUUGUUUAGUAUUAUAAUUCUAUUUUCCUUUCCAUUAUGACAAAUGCUUUUCAUAUAUAUGUACAGUUGAAAUCAGAAGUUUACAUACACCUUGCAGAAUCUGGAAAAAGGUUAAUUAUUUUACCAAAAUAAGAGGUAUGUUAUUUUUUUUAUUUAGUACUGGCCUGAAUAAGAUAUUUCAAAUAAUAGUUGAAUUUAUAAAAAUGACCCUGUUCAAAAGUUUACAUACACUUGAUUCUUAAUACUGUGUUAUUACCUGAAUGAUCCACAGCUUUUUUUUUUUUUUUUUAGUGAUAGUUGUUCUUGAGUCCCUUGCUUGUCCAAACAGUUAAACUGUCCGCUGUUCUUCAGAAAAAUGCUUCAGGUCCCACAAAUUCUUUGGUUUUUCAGCAUUUUUGUGUAUUUGAACCCUUUCCAACAAUGACUGUAUGAUUUUGAGAUCUAUCUUUUCACACUGAGGACAACCCAUGCAACUAUUACAGAAGGUUCAAACACUCACUGAUGCUCCAGGAGGAAAAACAAUGCAUUAAGAGCCGGGGGGGUGAAAACUUUUGGAAUUUGAACAUCAGGGUAAAUUUAAUUUAUUUUGUCUUCUGGGGAACACUUAAGUAUCUUCUGUAGCUUUUAAAGGGCAGUACAAAAUGAAAAAAUAUCAUAUUUAGGUAAAAUAAGAAAAACGCACACAUCCUCAUUCCAUUCGAAAGUUUACACGCCCCAACUCUUAAUGCAUCGUGCUUCAUUCUAAUACAUCAGUGAACGUUUGAACCAUCUGUAAUAUGUGACCCUGGACCACAAAACCAGUCUUAAGUCGCUGGGGUUUAUUUGUAGCAAUAGCAAAAAAUACAUUGUAUGGGUCAAAAUUAUUGAUUUUUCUUUUAUGGUAAAAAUCAUUAGGAAAUUAAGUAAAGAUCAUGUUCCAUUAAGAUACUUUGUAAAAUUCCUACUGUAAAUGUAUGAAAACUUAAUUUUUGAUUAGUCAUGUACAUUGUUAAGAACAUUAUUUAAAGAACUUUAAAGGUGAUUUUCUCAAUAUUUUGAUUUUUUUGCCCCCUCAGAUUUCUGAUUUUUAAAUAGUUGUAUCUCGACCAAAUAUUGUCCUAUCCUAACAAACCAUACAUCAAUGAAAAGCUAUUUAUUCAGCUUUCAUAUGAUGUAGAAAUCUCAUUUUUGAAAAAAAUGACCCUUACGACUGGUUUCGUGAUCCAGGGUCACAUAUAGUCCCUCAGUUGUCCUCCGUGUGAAAAUAUGAAUUUCAAAAUCAUACAGUCAUUGUUGGAAAAGGUUCAAAUACACAGAAAUCAUCGACAUGGGAAGUGUUCUUUCCUUUAGGGAAAAUAAUCUAAAAAAAAAAUCUGCAAUUAUCUUGAGACUUUUAAGUAUACAAAUGCUUGUAUAAUAUUAUAUUUAUUUUCAUUGUGUGUAUAUAUAUAUGAAAGAAAAUCUAAAAAUGCUGGUGUUGAAAAUCUCCCAUAUUUUGUGCAUAACGUAUCAUAUCAGACGCAUCCACCUAAUUUUUUUUUAACAUGGAAGUAAGCGGUUUUCUGUGAAUGUGCCAGACUUUCCAUUUUUUAGCUGCUAUAGGGAAAUAAGGAGAAUAAUUAAAGUGUGUUAAACGGUAAAACUGUUUGCAUUACAAACCACUGUGUUCAUAAUUAAGACAAUAUGGUAAGACACGCUAGUUUGCAAUAUCAAGCUGCAAAACGAUCUGUUUUGAAUAGCUGGAAGCGAAAUGACACUGGAAGCCAGAAACGAUUAGUUUACAAAUGGUCUUACGGCAAAAAUAAGGUGGUAUGUAUCAGGCAUCCUUCAAUAAUUUGGUUUACUGUGUGUAUCAUCACAAAAACAAUUAUGUAUGUACAUACUCAAAAAAAAAAAAAAAAAAAAAAAAAAAAAAAAAACUCUCAUUGGAUUAGAUGACAUAGGAAACCAGUUGAUAUAAAGUUGAGUCUUUAUAUUAAAUCCCCCUGACACCAGCACAAGAUGCCUCUUUCAGCAAACCAACCACUUGAAGUUUAUUAAAUUGACUUUAUUAUUAGGACAAAACUCAUAAGUGUCCUUAACUCUGAUGGAAAUGCAGAAGCUCAAUUUAUAUGCGGUACAUUUAGUGCACAUUGAAGUAAAAAAUCCAAUCAUAAGACACUGCAGUCUCCCAGGGUCACGAAAAGAGGCUAUGUUUAUCUUAUCACUUCAACGAGAGACCUGACGAGAUUACCUUUGUGGCAAAUGUACCUGAAUUACUGAUAAUGGAAUAUAAGAAGGUCACGAGAGGCAGCAGCAGCAGCAGCAGCAUCACGAUCUCUCAACUCUCAGGAGGAGAUUCUAAAUGUGCAAUAUUGCAGUAAAUAUACCUACAGCUGUAUUUGGUUAAUGUUAUUUGAUUUUUUGUGAUGUACAAGUAAAGUCAUGUACUGCAAAGAAGA